AUGACGAAUUCUGAAGAAAUUAAUGAAUACGUACGUGAAUUGCUCUUAUUGUCAGUAAGUGAGCUGAAAGAACGCGAUAGAAUCGAAAAAGAUCAGCUUCAAGUUCAACUUAAGGCAUUGGAAGAGGAACAUUCAAAAUUAAAUGAAAGAUAUCGCAACGCAGAUAAUGUUGUUAAUGAAAUUAACAAAACGCGUUCCAAAGUAACGAAGAAAAUUGAAAAACUUGAGAAAAACAGGAAUGACCUAUUAAGGAUGUUUAGUACAUUUGUCGAGGACAUGGUCAAUGCAACUGAAACUUUUCGAAAAUCUUAUGAAAAGUUAAAAGGAGUGAAGAAAAUGUUUGUAGAAAAGUGCUUGGAUAUUCGUGGAUCCAGAAAGGAUUUUACGAUUCGAUUUCAAAAGCUUCAUGCUGAAAUUAAAGAAGCUGAAAUUUUACUGGAACAUAGAAAGGCUUCAUCGGCUGCAAAUUUACAAGUUUUGGAGUCCAAAUUAGCAUGCCUUGCAAAAGAUCAGGAAGAAUGCUCCAAAAAGGCAAAAGAACUUAAAUCAUUGAGUGGAAAGAAUCACAAAGAUUUAUUAAAGGAAAUGGAACAGCAGGAAGAAAAUAUGAAGCUGGAAUUUUCUGAUUUGAGUGCCAAUCUGGCUGAAUGCUACAAAUGGAUUAGCAAUCUGAACGAUGAAUAUACUUCGUUGACUGUUGAGACCGAUAAGCUUUCAUUGGAAGUAGCAGUUGAAGAAAAGUGCAAUCAAAAAUUAAAUACGGAACUGAAGAAUGAGGAAGAAAACUUAGAGCAGACAGUACUUGAUAUGCUUACACUCGAACUUAAUGGCAUACAUUAUGAUAAUUUGGAACUUGCCAAGAUCCUUCGUAAUGGUUUGGUUAAGAAUGAAGAAAACGUUAUGGAAAUUCAGUUGUUGGAAAGAGAAAAAGCUGACAUUGAAAAUGAACAUCAAGAAUAUGAUAUUUUAAAGGACCAAAAGUUUAAAGAGCUUAAGAAAAUUCAGACUGACAUUGUAGCCAGCAUUGAAGACAAGAACAGCCUUAAAUUGAAAGUCGAUGAUUUUAAGAAUUACGUGCUUGACAACCAGGAACUUAAGCAAUUAAUGAAGAAUAAAAUUGCAGAUAAGGAAGAAGCUCUUAAAAAACAAGAAGAAAGAAUCAAUUUCACUCAAUUUACCGCUACAAAGAGUUCUAAGGCAACAGGAUCAAAGACUUCAAAAACAGCGAGACCAAAAGGUAAGAAGAACAAGGAAUCAUCAAAUCUCGUUGAACCAAUUACAAUUUUCAAUGAAGAGCAAUCGGAACCAACAAUUUUUUCCUCUUUUUCGUCGGGUGAAAGCGACAUGAAUCUCUCGAUGUCAAGCACAAUGGCUGGAUCCAAGCCUGAUAUAAUGAACAUAUUGGCUAAUUUAUCGAGUAACCAAUUUGGUUUUUCAAAAUCUUCAAGCCGUCGAAAUACUGACAGCACGGGUAAAUAA